AUGGUAGAGGCCGAGGACGCUACUAGUGAUACCAACUUGAAGGAUAACAAUCACAGUAUUAACAGUAAUUACACAAACGCUUACAAUAGCAGUGUUAAAUCGAGUAACCCUGGCUCUGGAAAUCAUGACCCCGCAUCUCUGCUAUCGGAGAACGACUACGAGUCUAAUAAAAUUUUUGCAGGUGGCUUGUGCCGCACUACUACUGCGGAGCAGCUGAGGAGCUACUUUGAAAGUUUCGGGAAAGUAACUGAAACCGAGGUCGUUAAGGACAAGAUUACGGGUCGAAGUCGCGGAUUUGGGUUCGUCACGUUCGCAUCAAACGACUCAGUGCAGCGCGUACUUAGCCAGGAACACACCGUCAAUGACGUGCAGGUGGAAGUUAAGCUGGCAGUCCGGAAGGAAAAGUCCAAGAUCCUGGCGCCUAAGUACGACCAGACCAAGCGCAUAUUCGUGGGCGGCAUCGCCGAGAACGUCACAGAGUCGUACUUCAAGGACUACUUCGGACGCUACGGGCAAAUAUCCUCACACAACUUCCUCAUGGACAAGAGGACGAACAAGCCCCGUGGCUACGGCUUCGUCAUUUACGAGAACGUCGACGACGCCGAGAAGUCCAUAGGCCAGCACCCCUCGCUGGGUAAGUUCUGCGAGGCGAAGUUCGCGCAGCCCAAGGCGGAUGACAAGUUCCAGACUAAUUUUCAAAACUUCGACUACUCGGCGUACUACUACGCGCAGGCGAACCUUUUAUAUUCUCAGUAUUUAUCUCAGAUGUAUAACGGAUACGGCUCCGACGCGCUCUCGGCGAAGCAUUCGAGUGACCGGCCUAGCGAGGACUCCGGCGGCAGGCGUAGGCGUUCGCGCGGUUCCAGCUUGGAGUCCAGGGGCGGCCGCUUCGACGACCGCAGGCGCAAAAAAUACCGCUCUCGUUCCCCCAGACGCGACCGCAGGUCACGAUCCCGGAGCAGAAGGCGCUACAGGCGCUGA